AUGGCUGAGAUCACGGAUGAAAGUAACAAAGCCCGGGCUUUCCCGAUUCUUCCGUUAUGUUGGGCCAUCGGAUUAAUGAUUGGCCCGGCGAUUGGUGGAUACACAGCCGAGCCCGCCAAGCAAUAUCCGCACUCGAUCUUCGCCAGACACUUACUUCAUCCCUUGUCUUUUGGCGGGACUCUUCAACGUCUUGGCUGUCGUCCUAGGCACACUGUAUCUGGAGGAGGUGUGUGCGAUCAUCAUUCUCAACUAGCGCUUCCUUCUUCGUGA